AUGGAUGUUCAAAGUGUGAGAAAAUGUAUGAGUCGAAACAAAUAUCUGGAAAUAAAACGCUACCUCCAUAUUACUGACAAUUCUUACCUGGAAGGGAUCCCAGAAAAUGAAAGGGACAAGCUCUUCAAGAUUUGCCCAUUGAUUGACAAACUAAACGAAAACUUUCAGCAAUUUGGUGUCUUCUCUGAAAGUUUGAACAUUGAUGAACGAAUGGUCAGAUAUUUCAGAAACCAUUACCUCAAGCAGUUUAUGCGUGGUAAGCCUGUAAGAUUUGGAUUCAAACAAUGGGCGAUUUGCUGCUCACAAACAGGCUAUUGUUACCAGAUGCAGGUGUACGAAGGCAAGGCUACAGGCAGUGAUGAUGAUGCAGGCAUGUCCGGACUUGGGGCAUCUGUUGUUUUGAAAAUGAUUUCGAUUUUAGAGACACCAUAUGCUCACAAAAUUUAUUUUGACGAUUUCUUUACCGGAUUCUCCUUGAUGAAAUAUUUGAAAGAUAUUGAUGUCAGGGCAACAGGGACUGCUCGAUUCAACAGAAUGAACAAGUGCCCUAUUGCGCCUGACAAGGAAAUGAAGAAAAAAGAAAGAGGUAAAUGCGACUACAGAUUUGAUUCUGAGAAUGAAAUUUUGGGUGUGAUUUGGAAUGACAACAGCUGUGUAAAGCUACUAAGCAACCAUGAACCCAUUGAUCCUAUGUCACAGGUGAACCGAUGGAGCAGGAAAAACAAGAGAGAGAUACAAGUCCCCCAACCCAAAUUGAUCACAGAAUAUAACAGACACAUGGGUGGGGUUGAUAAGAUGGAUCGGAACGUCCAAAAAUACAGAAUCAAAGUCAGGGGGAAAAAGUGGUAUUUCCCUUUGCUGACCAAUGCUAUUGAUGUAGCAUUGGUGAAUUCCCAUGCACUAUAUUGUCUUGCAAAUGGUGCAAUUCCUCUCUUGGAUUUCAGAACAUAUGUUGCCAGGGCAUAUCUUGCUCUUUCUUCACGAAUAUCUGACCCAAAAAAGGCUGGGAGGAAAUCCUUCUCCAAACCAGCCAAGAGUCAUGUUCCUGUUGAUAUCAGAACCUCUGGAACUGGUCACUACAUUGAAUGCACAGAAAUGGGCAAACAAAGGAAGUGUGCAGUGUGUAAGACUAACGCAAGAAAACAGUGCUGCAAAUGUAAUGUUGAACUACAUGUUGAGUGUUUUCCAGUAUGGCACCAAAACUAG